AAAACGAAACGAAUUUCAUAAAAUCGUCGAGAAACACCUUCUCUCUCUCCUCUCGCUUGCCCCAAUCUCCCGCGAGACGAAACCCUAGCCUCGCCUGAAUCCGCGGUAGGGCGGCCUCGCCGGAGCACCCGCGCCCGUGCGGCGGAGGCGGAGGAAGAGAUGAAUUCGCAGAAGAAGCGGUCGGCGAGGGUCGAGCCGUUCAGGCACCGGGUGGAGACGGACCCCAAGUUCUUCGAGAAGGGGUGGAGGAAGCUGAACGACGCCAUCCGCGAGAUCUACAACCACAACGCCAGCGGCCUCUCCUUCGAGGAGCUCUACAGGACUGCGUAUAAUCUGGUGCUUCACAAACAUGGUCCAAAGCUCUAUGACAAACUGAUAGAGAACAUGAAAGAGCAACUGCAAGAAAUGGGCACAUCUAUAGAGGCUGCUCAAGGUGGUUUGUUCUUGGAAGAGUUGCAGAGGAAGUGGUAUGAUCAUAAUAAGGCAUUGCAGAUGGUCAGAGAUAUCCUGAUGUACAUGGACAGGGUGUUUAUUCCCACCAAUAAGAAGACACCUGUAUUUGAUCUUGGGUUGGAUCUUUGGAGAGAUACCAUUGUUCGGUCUCCUAAGAUUCAUGCAAGGUUGUUUGACACACUUCUUGAUAUCAUACAUAGAGAGAGAACGGGUGAGGUGAUAAAUAGAUCCUUGAUGAGGAGUACGACUAAAAUGUUGAUGGAUCUAGGUUCUUCUGUUUAUCAGGAUGAUUUUGAAAAACCCUUUCUUGAAGCGUCAGCUAGUUUUUACAGUGGUGAGUCGCAAAGAUUCAUAGAGUGUUGUUCUUGUGGUGAAUACCUUAAGAAGGCUCAGCAGCGGCUUGAUGAAGAAGCAGAGCGUGUUUCACAGUACAUGGAUGGCAAAACUGAUGAGAAGAUAACUGCUGUUGUGGUGAAAGAGAUGCUCGCAAACCACAUGCAGAGGUUGAUUCUUAUGGAGAACUCGGGGCUUGUCAAAAUGCUUGUUGAGGACAGGUAUGAAGACCUGACCAUGAUGUAUAUUUUGUUUCAACGUGUUCCUGAUGGCCACUCAACAAUUAAAUCCGUGAUGAAUUCGCAUGUUAAAGAAACUGGGAAGAAUAUGGUAACAGAUCCUGAGAGGCUGAAGGAUCCUGUUGAUUUUGUCCAGAGGCUUCUAAAUGAAAAGGAUAAGUACGACAGUAUUGUUACUACUUCCUUUAGCAACGACAAGAGUUUCCAAAAUGCUCUGAAUUCUUCCUUUGAGUAUUUUAUCAACUUAAACAACCGAUGCCCUGAAUUCAUCUCGCUGUAUGUUGACAACAAACUGCGUAAAGGAACGAAAGAGGCCAAUGAGGAGGAUGUUGAGACUGUCCUGGAUAAAGUUAUGAUGCUGUUUAGGUACUUGCAGGAGAAAGAUUUGUUUGAAAAAUACUACAAGCAACACUUGGCAAAGCGUCUUCUUUCUGGGAAGGCUACAUCCGAUGAUUCUGAGAGGAGUAUGCUUGUGAAACUCAAGACCGAAUGUGGAUAUCAGUUUACUUCAAAAUUGGAAGGCAUGUUCAAUGAUUUGAAGACCUCUCAUGAUACCACACAAGGAUUUUAUGGUGGUGCUACUCCUUUGGGGGAUGCACCUACCAUAUCUGUCCAGAUACUCACCACUGGGUCUUGGCCAACACAACCUUGCAACACCUGCAACCUUCCUCCUGAAAUUCUCGGCGUGUCUGAGAUGUUUCGGGGUUACUACCUUGGUACCCACAAUGGCAGGAGACUGACAUGGCAAACGAACAUGGGUACUGCCGACAUCAAAGCAGUAUUUGGGAAUGGCAGCAAGCAUGAGCUAAACGUGUCAACCUACCAGAUGUGUGUUCUCAUGCUGUUUAACUCAGCAGACGUUUUAUCCUACCGUGAUAUUGAGCAGACUACGGCGAUACCAGCUGCAGACCUUAAGCGCUGCCUUCAGUCUCUCGCUCUUGUGAAGGGCAAGAAUGUUCUGCGAAAGGACCCUAUGAGCAGGGACAUCUCUGACGAUGACAGUUUCUAUGUCAACGACAAGUUCACCAGCAAGCUGUUCAAGGUGAAGAUUGGCACGGUGGUGACACAGAAGGAGUCUGAGCCGGAGAAGAUGGAGACACGGCAGAGAGUCGAGGAGGACAGGAAGCCUCAGAUUGAAGCGGCCAUCGUGAGAAUCAUGAAGGCGAGAAGGGUGCUGGAUCACAACAGCAUAGUGACAGAGGUGACCAAGCAGCUGCAGCCUCGUUUCAUGCCCAACCCUGUCGUGAUAAAGAAGAGAAUUGAGAGUCUGAUUGAGCGUGAGUUCCUGGAGAGGGACAAGAAAGACAGGAAACUGUACCGGUAUCUUGCCUAGUUACUUUGAAACUGUGUACCGGUAUCUUGCAUAAAUACCCUUUUUUUUUACCUUUUGGAUCUUUAACCUGACCAUAUGUUAACCGUGGUCUUUGUACCUAUAUACGUACUCUUUGUUGAAUUAAAGUUUUGCUCUCUGGAUCCUGUUAUCAUGUUGUCUCUCUGUGGUAACUAUGCCAUAUCAUAAGAUGUUUCGAUCUUACCUAGAAAACAUUCGUGGGUCAGUGUUUAUAUAUGUAUAGAUUUAUUUGUAUUUAUAUAAAUCUAUUGAGAGUCGGAACAUUGA